UGCGGGGCCUCCCCCCCGCACGCGCCGCCUUGGCUGAGCUCCGGUCCCCAGGCCCGCCGGGGUCUCGGCCCCCAGGUCGGGGCGCGGGCGCAGCCCCUGACGAGAGGCUGUUUUGGUGCAGGCCAUGUCCAAGUCCCUGAAGAAGAUCGUGGAGGAGAGCCGGGAGAAGAGCCUGCCCGAGGUGGACAUGUGUGACCGGGGCAUCUCCAACAUGCAGGACGUCUCUGGCUUGUUCACUUUGUCCCACAUAACACAGCUGGUCCUCAGUCAUAACAAGCUCACAACUGUACCACCUAACAUUGCAGAUCUGAAGAACUUGGAAGUGCUUAACUUUUUCAACAACCAGAUUGAGGAACUGCCCACGCAGAUUAGCAGCCUUCAGAAGCUCAAACACCUGAACCUUGGCAUGAACAGGUUAAAUACCUUGCCUAGAGGAUUUGGAUCUUUACCAGCUCUGGAGGUUCUUGACUUGACUUAUAACAACUUAAAUGAAAAUUCCCUGUCUGGAAACUUCUUCUAUCUGACCACCCUGCGUGCACUCUAUCUAAGUGACAACGAUUUUGAAGUCCUGCCACCAGAUAUUGGGAAGCUCACAAAGUUGCAGAUACUGAGCCUUAGGGACAAUGACCUGAUCUCACUGCCUAAAGAAAUUGGUGAACUCAUUCAGCUUAAGGAACUUCAUAUCCAGGGAAACCGUCUUACUGUGCUGCCCCCAGAACUAGGUAACUUGGAUUUGACUGGGCAAAAGCAAGUCUUCAAAGCAGAGAAUAAUCCCUGGGUUACCCCCAUAGCAGAUCAGUUUCAGCUGGGAGUGUCUCAUGUUUUUGAAUAUAUUCGUUCGGAAACAUAUAAGUAAAGUACCUACAUGGGGUCAGGAUCAAUGCAUGAGGACAGGUGGACUGGUUUAGGGCCAGGGGAGUCCACUUCUUGUCCCUUGUAGGCUUAUACGCACACCAGUUAAUAUUGACCAUAUUAACAUCUUCACUAAUCUACUUGGUGCACUGAAACUUCCUCAUGUUUGAGCUGUAAUUGGCUGGAGAUUGCUGGCAUCAAGGCUCCACUGGAGAUGCAGAAUAAUUUUAAAGUGCCAGUCUGGGGAACUGAACCCUCUCUUUGCUCUUCUGGAGGGCGAACUACCUUGCCUCUUCCCUUCCUUGAGAGAGCUUUGGUAUAAUCUUUGUUCUGAAGAACUUUCCAGUCCCUUUUCUGUGUUUUCCCAGAGUGAUAGUGUCACUAGCCCAAACUGCCUAGCGCUAGCUCAUUAUCAGAACAAAAGUUCUCCACCAGCCAGUCUCUGGUCAAUCCAUCAGACCUACCAAGGAAGAUCUUAAGUUACAAAGAAGAACUGGAAUAUGUAGCAUACUUUGCCUGUCUUGGCAGCCAUAUCACAUAGAGGAGACACAUAAGUCAAGAUUAAGCACAGUAUCUGCCAUGCCAGCCUUGCCUUUGGCAGACUAUCUCCCUGAGUAUUCAGCAAUCACAACAUCAGAAAACACACUUGACUUUUACAUUAUACUGCGGUGAUAAUCUCAUUUCUUCUCUAUGGCCCUAAAACUUGGGUGAUGUAUAGAAAACACCUGAAAAACCUGGAACACCAGCUCUUCCUUUGGAAGAUCCUCAACAUGAAUUGGGAAGAUCGUCACACUAAUGUCAAUGUCGUUACAGAGGCCAGUAUCUUCAGUGUUGAGACCCUGAUUAUCCAGCAUCAGCUGAGGUGGGGCAGGCACUAUGUGCACAGGCCAGAUAUAUGCUUACCAAAACAACUGCUGUAAGGCCAACUCACCAAAGACAUAUGGAAAUGGGAAGGCCAAAAGAAACACUUUAAAGACCUCUUCAAGAUAAAAAUGAAGAGAUGUAGCGCUGACAUACACUGAGACACACCAAACCCAGACAGAAAUAACUGGCAAAGAUUUGUCAAAGUGGCAAUGUCCACUUUUGAGGAAACCACCUUGUCCUGGUUGCAGAAAAAUGCCAGAAAAGAAAGGAAAGACAACUAUGCAGCAAUUGUGGUCCAACCCUAUCUUCCAACACCACCCAUGAUGUUUGUCUAAAGUGUCUGGCUCAAAAAUUGGACUUCUCAGUCACCAAAAGACCCAUGCUAAAUAAAUUUUGUGAAAUAAAUCAUCCUCCGUCUGAAAGGAUUGCCAAUAAUGAGUUCUUAUGUAAAUAGUAGCCGAUAGGCUACAAUAGUGCAAUAUUGUACUUUUUGCUUUCAUGUGAAUCUACUCUGGGAGUAAAUGAAAAUUAUGAACUCAGAUUUCUCAGAUCAAUAAAGAUUUCUCGGAUAAU